AAGCCAUGGCCCGCUCAUCACCGGUCAUCCUUUUAGUCCUGUUUUUCGUAAAAAAAAUACAAGGAACAACAUACGAAUUUCUUUUUGAUGAUCAGGACAUAUUUAAUAAUUGUACCAAUCAGCCAUCAAAUGUAAUCGGUCUUUGGCAAUUAUUCGAUAAUUCGGAGAUCAGGACACUCAUGGAUAAUGAUAUAAUAAAUGUAUCGGGAAAUUUUACUACACUAAAUAACUGGGCAAUCGAACCAACCGAUCGUAUUAUGCUUAGGGUUAACACAUACCAUUGGGAAGUUGGAAACUGGCAGCCCACUGUGUUUAACUUAGUCUCUAGGGAUUUUUGCAAAGUUAUGUAUGAUAGAAAUCAAUACUGGUACAAUAUCUGGACUAAACAUAUAACUAAUGUAAAUGAAGUGAAGCAGAAUUGCAUCAAUGUUCCUGGUACCAAAUAUUUAUUAGAGCCCUAUGAUAUUCAUUUCGUUUCUAAUGUUAGUGGACCCGGUAUUGGUGGUCGCUAUAAGUUUGAAAUGAUUUUUGAAGCCUACGAUGGUUUGAACAAGAAACGCCCCACUAGCAUUUGCUUUAUGUAUACAGGCGAGGCAGUUAAACAGUGAAUAUUUUGCAGUUGGAAAAUGUCUUAUUGUCUUUAUUUUGUGUCUGAACUAAUACAACAAAAGUCCAUGUUUAUCCAUGUGUU